AUGCACUAUUCUGAAUCUGAUGAUGAUGAUAGUGAUGAAGAUAAUGACGUUAUUCCAACGAAUUCACAUGUCCAACCCGCUCCUUCAACAAUUUCACCAGCAAGACCAAGAAAUGAGGAAAUGGCUAAAGAUGUCCGGAAUGGUGAAGUUGAAAUGCAACCAACAACUGAAAAUAUGGCUGAAGUUAGUUUUUUUAUUCGAAAAUUGGGGGAGAAAUGAUCAAAAACUUAUCUGAACAAAAUUAUUCAUUUUUUCAAUUAGUGGAAAUGCUUUUCACAGUGAAGGAAUAAAAAUUAUUGUUUGAAUCGCCGCACAAAAAUGCGUUGUUUAUCAAUGGGCGCGUUUGGCCGCGUUUCCUUCGCUGGCGAACGGACAGUAGAAAUUUCUGAAAUUUUGAGAUAGCCUCUAAAAUUUGCGCUAUUUUUUCCUAAAAAUAUCUUACCGUAUCCAAAAUUACCAAAUUUCUUGUUUCAGCAAUCGACCAAUCAAGAGCAAAUUGAUCCAGUUUUGAAUACUGCGAAUCCUGAAGUUGUCCAGCAAAAUGUUAAUGUUGGAUUUGUGCCAACUGAUUUGCUUGGUAUUUCGGAACCGCCGCGAGUUCGGACUGCACAUCCACCGAAACCUCCAACUGCAAAUGUUCCAAAAGCUUUGACUUCAAAUUCUCCAAAACCACCAACUGGAAAUGUUCCCAAAUCUCCAACUCCAACUUUUCCAAACAAUUCAACAUCGCCGCCACCUUCAACUCCAAAUUCGACACCUGGUCGAUCAACAUCCAACUCAUCGCGAUCUUCAACUCCACCACCAUCACCACCACCCGCUUAUCGAGCUCCGAUUCACUCAACCCCGGCGAUUUCUAUCAAAUCGAACAAUGAUGGCACGCAUACAUUGAGUGUUUCGAACAAUUUGUUCGAAAAUUAUGCAAGAAUAACUGUUGAGGGGAAUGGUAAAACGGCGGUUGGCAAGUUGAGAACUAAUAUUGUGGAAGUUGUUGCGGAUCAGACAGUUGGAAUUUUGGCGCAUCAAACAAUGUCAGUCGCACAAAUGGAGCGCGCGAUUAAAUUGAAAGUGCAACGGGAGAUUGAGUCGAAACAUGUUAGGUAUAAAGGAGCCAAUGUGCCGGCUGCAGCUUAUAAUAUACUUGUGGCACAAGACGCUUUGAAUGCGUAUACGGAUUCCGAUGAUGAUGACGAUGAUGUUCCUGCCGCACCUCGACCAAAUCUUCUGCCUGCGCCUCGACCAAGCCUGCAAAGAAAAAGAGGUGCUGCAGUUCUUCAAAGUCCAAAUAUUGUUGCGACAUCACCUCCACCAAAACGAAGAAAGGUUCAGCCAAACAAUUCAUCGCGGCCAGCUCGACCAACUGCGCCAACUUCUAAUCGAAAUGCUGCACGGCCAAUUCGAGCAAUUACACCACCAAGAAUUUCCACUCCGCCUCUGCGAUUAGCACAACGUUUAGCAGCUCGGAGAAACGCAACAUCCACAGUUGCUGCACAAACUAUCAAGACACCAGCGAAACGUCAAGCUUUUUUGAAAGAGUUAGUUGAAUUUUUGAUGAUGUGAAAAAACAAAUUGAUUUCAGAGAUGACAAAUCCACUAAGAAAUUCACUGGUUUCUCAUUCGGUAAAGGAAAUGAAGAAAAACAAUCAGAAAUCAACGAUAAAGAAACAUCCUGGUAA